GGAAUAUGGCGUGCGCUAGUAGUUCGUCCGCGGCCGCUAGUAUGGAAGUGGUCAGCGCGGCACCGACCAAUGUCGCAGCCGCUGCGCGACCCUCGCGCUUCACGAUGGAAGGGGUUGGAUCACGAGUCAUCCGCGGACCGGACUGGAAGUGGGGCAAGCAGGACGGCGGCGAAGGGCACGUCGGAACGGUCCGCAAUUUCGAGUCACAGGAAGAGGUGGUGGUCGUGUGGGACAACGGGACGGCGGCCAACUACCGGUGUGCCGGGGCGUACGAUCUGCGCAUCCUGGACAGUGCACCGACCGGCAUCAAGCACGAGGGCACCAUGUGCGAUACGUGCCGGCAGCAGCCAAUCUUCGGCAUCCGCUGGAAGUGCGUCGAGUGCACCAACUACGAUCUCUGCUCGAUUUGCUACCACAGUGACAAGCACCACCUGCGGCACCGGUUCCACCGCAUCACGACGCCGGGCGGCGAGAAGACGCAGCUUGAGCCACGGCGCAAAACGAAGAAGAUCGCGGUGCGCGGCAUUUUCCCCGGUGCGCGCGUCGUGCGCGGUGUGGACUGGCAGUGGGAGGACCAGGACGGGGGCAACGGUCGCCGGGGCAAGGUGAACGAAAUCCAAGACUGGUCCUCGGCGUCGCCCCGUUCGGCGGCGUACGUCGUGUGGGACAAUGGGGCCAAAAAUCUGUACCGGGUGGGCUUCGAAGGAAUGGCCGAUCUGAAGGUGGUGAACGAUGCCAAAGGCAUGACGGUGUACCGCGAUCACCUGCCGCUGCUGGGCGAGUACGGGCCGGGUCGUGGGCCACACAACUUCCAGAUCGGCGACCAGGUGACGGUGGAUCUGGACAUCGAGAUCGUCCAGUCGCUACAGCACGGCCACGGUGGCUGGACCGAUGGGAUGUACGAGUGUCUCAGCACGACCGGCACCGUGGUUGGCAUCGACGAGGAUCACGAUGUCGUGGUGGCCUACCCGAGCUCGCACCGGUGGACGUUCAAUCCAACGGUCCUCACGAUCGUUUCGUCACCGGUGUCGAUGCUCACCGACAAUCAACCGCAACAGUUUGCGGUCGGCGACUUCGUGAAGAUCUGUAGCGAUCUCGAACGCAUCAAGAUGCUCCAGCGGGGACACGGCGAGUGGGCCGAAGCUAUGGUUCCGACCCUCGGAAAGGUUGGCCGAGUCCAGCAAGUGUACCACGAUAACGAUCUCAAGGUGGAGGUUUGUAACACAUCCUGGACGUACAAUCCGCUGGCCGUGACCAAGGUGGCUUCUUCAUCCGACGGAUCGACGGCCGUCACAACGAACGGGGAACGAUUGUCGGCGAUACUGAAGAAACUGUUCGAACCGCACGCAUCUGGCGACACGACCGAGGAACUGGUGAAGGCGGCCGCGAACGGUGACAAGUCGAAGGUGGAAGAGUUCCUGUCGGGCGCAACGGGCCCGCAGAAUGUGGCCGUCUCUUCGUCGUCCAGCGCGGCCGAACAGCAGCCAUCGGUGGUGGUGGUAAAGGUGGACGUGAACGGUGUGUUUGCAGGCCACACGGCCCUGCAGGCGGCGAGCCAGAACGGUCACCUGGAGGUCAUACAGGUGCUGCUGUGCUACCAUGCGGACGUCGAGAUCGAGGACAAGGACGGCGAUCGGGCCGUCCAUCAUGCCGCGUUCGGGGACGAACCGGCCGUGAUGGGAUUGCUGGCCAAGGCGGGUGCCGAUUUGAAUGCGCGCAACAAACGCCGCCAAACGGCACUGCACAUCGCCGUCAACAAGGGCCACUUCAACGUGGUCAAGACGCUGCUGGAGCUGAGCUGCCACCCGAGCCUGCAGGACUCGGAGGGCGACACGCCGUUGCACGAUGCCAUCUCGAAGGAGCACGACAACAUGCUGUCGCUCCUGCUGGACUACUGUGCGGACAUUACGCUCACCAACAACAAUGGCUUCAACGCGCUGCAUCAUGCCGCCCUGAAGGGCAACCCGAGCGCGAUGAAGAUCCUGCUGACCAAAACCAACCGGCUGUGGAUCGUGGAGGAAAAGAAGGACGACGGCUACACGGCGCUGCACCUGGCCGCGCUGAACAAUCACGUCGAGAUCGCCGAGCUGCUCGUGCGCAUGGGCAAAGCCAACAUGGACUGCCAGAACGUGAACCUGCAGACGGCCCUGCACUUGGCCGUGGAACGGCAGCACGUGCAGAUCGUGAAGCUGCUGGUGCGCGAGGGUGCCAAUCUGAACAUUCCGGACAAGGACGGGGACACGCCGCUCCACGAAGCGCUGCGACAUCACACGCUCUCGCAGCUACGCCAGCUGCAGGACGUCGAGGGCUUCGGGAAGAUCCUGAUGGGUCUGCGUAACAACACGGACAAGAAAGCAUCCGCAUCGAUCGCCUGCUUCCUGGCGGCGAACGGAGCUGAUUUGACGAUCAAGAACCGAAAGCUGCAGACUCCGCUGGACCUGUGCCCCGAUCCGAAUCUCUGCAAGACGCUGAUCAAGUGCUACAACGAGCGCAAAACGGAGGACAUGGACAUGACGGCGGCUGGUGGUGGCGGCGGCAACACGGCCAAUGUGCAACCGAUUGUGCUGCGCGCAGUGCCCACCGACUCGUCGUCGUCGGCGGCGGCAUCAAGCUCAGGCAGCGCUCCGUCAACGUCCGCCGGUGCUCCGGCCGGUCCGAGUUCCAUGGGCCUCACGCACGCCCAGAUCGAUGCGAGCUUGCUGCUGGAUUUAAGCAAAAUGUCCAUCCAACCGAAUGUGGCCGGUGGGGCCAACACGAACGUCAGCGUGAACAGCAACAGCAGCAGCUCGGGCGGGGGCGGCAAUGGAGGCGGUGGCCCGCUGGACGAGUGUCUACUGUGCUCCGACCGGAAGCGCGACACCGUGUUCAAGCCGUGUGGCCAUGUGGUGUGCUGCGAAAACUGUGGGCCGCACAUCAAGAAGUGUCUGAUCUGCCGCGACGCCGUGUCGUCGCGUGAAAAGAUCGACGAGUGUCUGGUGUGCUCCGACCGGAAGGCGUCGGUGUUCUUCAAGCCGUGCGGCCACAUGGUGGCCUGUGAGCACUGCGCACCGAUCAUGAAAAAGUGUGUCCAGUGCCGGACGCAACUGGAACAGAUGGUCCCCCUGUCGGUGUGUAGCGGUGGGCCGGGCAAUGUGAUCAACAUUCAACAUCACGCGGACGACGGCAAAAAGGACCAUCUGCAUCACAACGCGACCGCCCAACAGCAGCAGCAGCACCAGCAGCAUCUGCUGCAAGGCACAAACAAAGCUGGCUACGGUGUUGCCAUGAACAACACGAUGUCGCCCAACACGAGCGCAAUGGUGACGACGAACCUGUUGGUGGCGAACACCACAGCAGGCGGUGCCGGUAGCAGUAUGCUCGGUGCAGCUGGAUCGAGCAAUGCUACUGCGACGGCCCUGACUACGACCAACAACACCGGCGUCGCUGGCGGUGUGGCCGGCUCGGGCGUCGCACCGAACAAUCUUAACUUGGCCGACGACGUGCAGAAACUGCAACAACAGCUUCAAGACAUUAAGGAGGCUACGAUGUGCCCGGUUUGCUUCGAUCGCAUCAAAAACAUGGUAUUCCUGUGCGGUCACGGUACGUGCCAGAUGUGCGGAGACCAAAUCGACGGGUGCCCCAUCUGCCGCAAAACGGUCGAGCGCCGGAUUCUUCUAUUCUAAGCAAGCGGCGGAGCGCGCGCGCAAGCGUAGAUGAUGUCUUCCUUCGUGCUCCGUCGGGCCCUCCAAGCUUUACACAUUUCCAUGCUUUGCCCCCACCCCGCUUCCCGGCAAAACACUCUCUGACCCUGCCCGAUCCGACCCGGUUUGGAACUGCUUUUAAUUGUUUUACAUUACCGUCGCCCGGGAGGCGGUGCUUUCCAUUAAAUUAUGUUAAAUAUUUUACGCGGCCGGUAUCGGUGGUAGCCAAACGAGUGCUACCGGAACGAAACAAACGUUAGGUUUACAGGAGAAAUGAACUGGAUGUGAACACUGGUGGUGCUAAGCCGACCUGCCGAUUUAGAGGCAAAACACUUUACGCGGCAUAGCGCGCACCGAUUUAUUGUAUGUUGAUCGUAUAUCGUAUAUUAAUUUGCGUUCUUUUGUAACCGGAUAUGAACGUUAAAUAAAGCACUUGGUUCGCCCUGCUCCGCUCGGCUCAUGAACAUCACAACGAUUGCGCACCGAUGCGGUCGAGUGAGCCAGCAAACGG